UCGUUGACAACAAAACAGCAAUGGACGCUUUCUACGCACUUCUGUGUAUUUAGUGAUAAAAGAAAUUAAUUACUGUAAAAUCUGUACGGUAUGUCAUGAUAGGAACAUUUUCACGGUUCUCAGUGUAAAGAAGAAUGUCUGUAGAUAAAAUCCACCCAGUUGAAUCCGGCCUGGAUUAUUUCGACGAUGAGGAGUUGGAGAAUCUUUACACAUGGAUUGACAGCAUCCCUCUCUCCAGACCAAAGAAAAACGUAGCAAGAGAUUUUGCUGAUGGAGUGUUGGUGGCUGAGAUAGUCCAGAAUUUCUUCCCUCAGCUGGUGCAAAUGCACAACUACACCCCAGCGAAUGCUACCAAUCAAAAGAAGGAAAACUGGCUCGUCCUCAACAGAAAAGUGUUUAAAAAACUGAACUUUGAACUCUCGGAUGCCCUUAUUCGGGAUUUAGUGAAUGCCAAGCCAGGAACCAUUGAGUUACUUUUAAGAAUGCUGAAACGGAAAAUUGAAAUGGCAGAGUGGGAAAUGAAGAGAAACCCUCCACAGCGGCAUGCUGGAGGUAGGAGAAAUGAAAGUGAUCAGCCUGAGGCGGACCAAAAUAUAGGAUCCCCUGGGCGGAGUCGGAAGGGAGUGAGUCCUACUAGAGGAGGAGGAGGGUAUUUUAAACGGCAUGCUGAUAGCAAGGAAGUUGUAACACUUGAUAAGCUAUUAAGGCCUAGCAACUAUACAGAGAAGCCUAAACAAAGAAGAAUCCCAGCACAUUUAACUGAGGCAAACUCUGUACCUAGGCUUCUGUUUGAGGAUAAGGUCCAGGAAUGUCUUGCCAAAGAUGAAACCAUAGAGUUUUUGAAAGCAAAGGUCCGUCGUUUGGAACGUCUCAUUCAAUUGAAAGAUGUUCGCAUCGAUGAUCUUCAGAAUCGAGUGGAGUCCAUGCGUCCAACGGGGAACCUAAAGCGGUGAAAAUAGACAUUGACCGGGUCAAGGCUGACAAAACAGAAGUAUACUCUAUCACUGUUUACACAAAAUUGUGAUAAAUGGACUUUGGACAGAACAAAAGGAUAUUUUUACUCAAAUGAUUUGACUAACCUUUUAACAAGGGAGUUAAUUUGUACCUUAAUCAAAAUUACUACUGAAUUUAUUUUUUUUUAAUUUAAGUCAUAUUUUAACUAUAAAUGGUUGUUAUUUUAAAGAAUGAAUUUUCUCAUAUACUAAGUAUGAUCCCUCUUGCUGUUUGCUUAAAAUUCACAUUUUUUGGAAUUGGAUUGUCAAUUUAAUAGGGUACACUUCUUUUAUUCUUGUAGAAAUUAUGAAGAGCUUGGUAGUUUUCCAAUUUUAACGUAAUACGCUGGAAUAUUUAAGGGAACAGUAGUUGAAUACAGUGGGUUUUUUUUUUUUUUUUUUUUUUUUUUAAAUGUAUUGUUGUUCACUGAAAUGUAGUGCAUUUCCUUUGUUCUUAUUUCAUUAUAAAUCAGGGAUAAAUAUAUAAACUUGUAAUAGAAGGUUAUUUUUAUUAAAAGUUCAGCCAUAUUUGCAGAAACUUUGCCAAAAGACUUUUUCAGAUUAUUAUUCUUUCUAAAUUUACGAAUUGUUUUAAGAGGCAGUCCACCGAAAAACCAGGCAAUGGGUGGCACAUCGCAUGUCAUGGAUUUUAAUUAUUUUUUGCAUGGAGACUUAUUAAAGCAAGUGUUUACACAUGACAACAUUAAAAAAAAAAUUAGUGCUCCACUAGUCCUAUUUUUGGUAAAUGCUUAAUUUUAAGUGCAAAAAGGUCAACAUUAGGGUAAAAAAAAUUACUACGUUUUUAUUUUGUUUUAUAUGUAACAGAUACUCAAAAGCUGGAUGUGUCGAUGAAUAUUAUUUAUAGCAUAGACUCUUAUCUUUUAUUUUAUUAAUGAAUAAGACUCCAAUUUAUACUUCUUUAGAAAAAAUUUUAUGGUCCAAAUUUGAGUUAAGCAAGUAACUUUUUGAAUUCAGUAUCCAAUUUUCAUUACGUUAUAAAACCCAAUACAUUACAAGGACAGAUUUUUUUUCUUAUGUUAUUAUGAAUACAAAGUACAAACUUUUGAAUCACUCAAUAAAAUCAGUGGGAACAGGUAUAUUGAAAGAAAUAAAAGGAGUCAAAUUUACCUUUUUUUUUUUUUUUUUUAAUAAUUUUCCCAAAUGAAACCGAUCCCGACCGGAAUUAUAUAAAGAAAAAAAUACUAUAAUUGUAAUGUUAAAUUUGGCUCUUUUGUUGUAAUAUGAGUAAAAACUUUCUUGAUUUAUUUUUUUUAACAUGUUAUAUAGGUGG